AUGUCGGCGGUGGAGAAGGCGUGCGAAGGAUUCAAGGCGACGUACGAGGGGACGCUCGACACGUCGCUGCUCGCGGCGAUCGAAACGUACGAGGGCAUCGAGCAAACGCUGACGACGGUGCUGAGCUACAUGUCGUUGAGCGCGGACACGCGGUUGAUGGAUGAUGCGGUGCAGCAAAGAAAAGGGGCGCUGAUGCAGCAGUACGGACAGGCGAGCGGGAAUUAUUUGACGUGGUUCGGACUCGAGUUGGCGGAUAUGGCGGAGAGCGCGUUGGAGGCGCAGUACGCAAAGGACGCAAAGUUGAAGAAUUACAAGCCGUACAUCGAUGAGGUGCGUCGAUCGGCGCCGUAUAACUUGUCCAAAGAAGUCGAGCGGGCGUUGACCGUGCGCAGCUCGUUCACGGGCAAGGGCAAGGUUAUUGAAUUCUACGGCAACGAGCUCUCUCGGUUGCAGUUCGACCUCGACGGCAAAAAGGUCAACAUGGAAGUUUUGCUGGCGAAGAUGACGAGCAGCAAGGACACGAUGGUGCGUCGCCAGUGCAUGAAGACGCUCAACGAUGGAUUGAAGGAUUUUGAGAGAAUCUGCGCGCUUUCGCUCAAUAUGGCUGCCGGGUCCUGGGCAAUCGAAAACAAGGAGCGCGGGUUUAAGAAUUUGCGUUCGUCGCGCAACCUGAGCAACAACUUGCCCGACGACGUCGUCGACUCGCUCUUGGCCGCCGUGGCGACCACAGGUGUGGAUUACUGCAAGAAGUACUACACGUUGAAGAAACAAAUCUUGAAGUCGACGCAAGGACUUGAAACCUUCACUUGGGCCGAUCGCAACGCUUCCAUCGACAUCGGUUCGGGCGAGGACAACUACUCGUGGGAACAAGCGGUGGAACUCGUGCACAAGGGCUACAACAAGUUUUCUCCCACUAUGGCGGACAUGUUCACGAAGUUCGUCGACGAAAAGCGCAUCGACGUGCCGGCGCAAGAUGGGAAAAGAGGCGGCGCAUACUGCUCUUCGGCGUACGGCUCCGGCCCGUUCCAGCUUCUCAACUUUACCCACUCCGCGCGUGACGUCGCCACGCUGGCGCACGAGUCUGGGCACGCAGUCCAUUUUGAGUUGAGUUACCCGCAAGGCAUCUUGCAAUUCCACCCGCCGCUCACGCUCGCGGAAACCGCGAGCAUCUUUGGAGAAAUGAUUGUGUUCCGUGACUUGUUGGAGAAGACUCCGAGCGAUGAAGAUCGUUUGGCGAUGAUCAUGUCCAAGGUGGACGACAUCAUCAACUCCGUCGUGCGUCAAUGCUCUUUUGAUAAAUUUGAAGAAAAGGUGCACACCAUGCGCGCCAAGGGUACGGUGACGCCGGAGGAAAUGUCCAAGGCGUGGCGCGAGUGCACGGAAGAGUAUUACGGCAAGGAGGGUGAAAUCUUCGACUCUCUCGAAGACACUUCUCACCUUUACGCGUACGUCUCGCACUUCCACAACGUCGCCUUCUACGUCUACGCUUAUGCAUUCGGUGAUCUCUUGGUCGGCUCGUUGUACGGCGCGUACAUGAAGCAACCGGAGGGCUUUGAAGCGAAGCUUCUCGAUCUCUUGCGAGCCGGCGGCACGAAGGACUUCGUCGAGGCGGUCGAACCGUUUGGUUUGGACCCGAAAUCGGCGACGUUCUGGAGCGACGCGUUGCAUGCCCACCUCGGUGGUCUUAUGGCCGAGGCUGAAGAGUUGUCCAAGAAGCUCGGAUACUCUUCGUAG